GCGCCCACGAGGCUUACUGAAAGCACGACAACUGUUCUUCUCGUAGUCGCUUCCACUGGUCUUGAGGAAUAUGGGAACUAGCAGGUUCCUGGCUGCGGUGGUUGCAGCCUUGGCGCUGGCGGCAUCGACUGAGGGUCUCAGCAUCUGCACCACGUUGACCUGUCCUGAACCCAACGGCCUCUUCGCGCACCCGACGGACUGUCACCGCUACGUCAAGUGUGCCAACGGCCACGCCUACGUCGAGACCUGCCCCGCCAACCUGCACUUCAACGAGGCCUCGGGAAGCUGUGACUACGCGGAGAACGCCAAGUGUGACAUCACCAAGCGACUGGAGACCGAAGGAUGUUCCCUUCGGUCCGCAAAGGCCAGUCGAUCCUUGCCCACAGAGUCGGACCUUUCAGUCCAGUGCGACUGCGACUGCUGCCUCAAGCCACACAAGGACUGCAACAAGUACUACGAGUGCAAGGAUAACGUUGCCUACGUUAAGGAGUGCGGAGGUGAUUUGGUGUUCAAUCCUGCAAAAGAACAGUGCGAUCUUCCAACCAAUUAUGAAUGCCCUAAACCAAAACCUUGCGGCUGCCAUUGCCGAUACCCAGUGGACGGGGAGUGCAAUGCUUACUAUGACUGCAGGGACAACGAGGCGGAGAAGAAGUACUGCUCAGAAGGCCUGCUGUUCAACCCCGAUACCCGCAUGUGUGACAUCGCUGCCAAUGUUGACUGCCCGACUAUUCCUCCAACACCUGGAACUUGCGAUGGAAACGUCUUCGAUUCCGACCCUGAUUGUAAGUUCUGGGCCGCCAACAACGACUGUCACUGCAAGUGGACAGAUGGUGACUGCUCCUGGCAGCACUUUGUCGCCCGUGCAUGUCCCCGUAGCUGCGCCUGCCAAGACCAUGUGGACGUCACCAAGCCUCCUGUAAUUGAAUACCCUUGCGUGGACUGCUCUACCGGACAACAGUACUGGCAGCAUCCCAGCGACUGCCGCAAGUUCAUCCAGUGCGCACCCUACGGUCCUCAGGAGAUGCCAUGUGGAAAGGGAACAGUGUGGGACCAAAACCUACUCACCUGCAACCAUGAAUGGGCUAUCCAGUGCUUGACAGGCAACUUCCUUCUCUCUAACGGAAGCUGUUCAGGAUGCUCAGGAUGUACUCCUCCAGCAAAGCCCACAACCAGGCCUACCCAGAAGCCUGUCACACCAGGCAACUUCACAUGUGUGGAUUGUUCCACUGGCCAGCAGUACUGGCAGCAUCCUACUGACUGUCACAAGUUCAUUCAGUGUGCACCUUACGGUCCCCAGGAGAUGCCAUGCCCUGCAGGAACCAGGUGGGACCAGAAGAUCCUCACUUGCAACCACGAGUGGAAGACCCCAUGUGUGACAGGCAACUACCUUCUACCUAAUGGAAGCUGUUCAGGUUGCACCGGAUGCCCAACAGUAACCAUCGAACCACCAGUUGGCUGCGGUGGUGAGAAUCCAGACUGCAAGCACUGGGCUGCCAGUGGAGCUUGCACCUGCAAGGCAGGCAGUGACUGUACUUGGGCGAACCAAGUGGCUUCAAUGUGCCCCAAGACCUGUCGAGGGGACUGUGGGCCAGUUACUCCAGUAACGGACCCCUGCAACCUCGUGUGUCCUUCUUACAGUGGUCUUUUCCCACACCCAAAGGCCUGUACCAAGUGGGUUCACUGCGACCACUACAUCCCCUACGUGAAAGACUGCCCCGCUGGUUUGCACUUUAACCCAGCAAUCAAGGUAUGUGACUGGCCAGAUCGCGCAGGUUGCACCUCAGGAGAGCACCAGAGUUGCGUAAUUCCCACUGAUCCACCAGUCACCGGCCCCCCUCCAACACCCAGCCCCGGUUGCUCAUGCGAAUGUUGCCAUGUCCCUCAUCCAAAUGACUGCACAGCCUAUUACUACUGUGAUGUGAACAAGAACAUUACCUUCUUCACGUGCCCGUCUGGGCUAGUAUUCCAUCCGGAAUUGGAUACGUGUGUGUACCCUCAAGAUUACCCACAAUGUGACAUUGAAGUGCCUCCCGUUUGCGAGUGUGACUGCCACUAUCCCUCAGGCAUUUGCAGCGAAUAUUAUGAAUGCAUCGACAAUGUGCCCGUGAAGAAGGAAUGCCCCUCCGGUCUCCUGUGGAACCAAGAAAAGAAGUCAUGUGACUAUCCCGAGAACGUCGACUGCAGCAAUCGGAGAACGUAAGGCUUCGACCGUGCUUCAAGGCCUGAAUUUUCGAUUGGAGAAUGGAUACUUCCUGAACAUUAGAUUUUAUUUUCAUUUAUGAUAUUGUUUUCUGAAUAAUUAUAUUUCUUUGCCAAAAUUAAAUUACUAUUAUAC